ACGAAGAAGUAGCGAGCAAGCAGGGGCCGCACCGCGAUUCGGCUGGCGACUGACUUGGCACGGGAAAUUAAUUCGGCGGCCGAAUAAAGAAGCGAGUCGGCAGGCGUUCGGAAAUCAGGCCAGCGUGUGCCGUGCUGGCGAAUCGAUACGCGGGGGGCGGCGGAGGCGGCAGCACUCGCUCUCUCUCUUUCUCUCUCUCGCUCCGACCGCUGCUUCUGCUCAGUGUGUGUGCACCCGCGAGACACGAAACGCCCCUCGCUGCGCUCAGCUCGCUCGCUCGCUCUCUCUCUCUCGCUGUAUUAUUUAUUUAUUUUUGUAAAAAUGCACUGGAGAAAGUUGGACAGUUGCUGCUGAUCGUGGUCGUCCGUCGCCUUGCAUGGAUUUCACCUCCAGCUAGACGCCGCGAAUCGGAAUCUCGGAGCAGCAGCCCUGGCGUGACUCAGGAAGGGGCUGCAGACACCGGUCUCGUGGCCGACCCCUUGAGGAGGGAAUGUCCUCUGGUGGCGUCCCAUCGGCUGCUGCUACGAGCUCCUCGCAAUGUUGCGGCCAGCACGGGUCACGUGGUCAUUCCGCACGGCGAGCCCCACCCCUAGCGAUCCACGAGCAGGAGGUAGGGGUCGCGGACACCCUCCAACUCGAGCCCCUCACCGAGGAGGCCUUCGUCGCCAACCUGCAGCAGAGAUUCAAGAGGGACCUGAUUUACACGAGCGCUGGAGAUGUUUUGGUAUCGGUCAACCCCUACAAGAAGCUGGCCCUCUACUCGCUCGAUGUGGUCGAAGCCUACAGGACCAAGGCUCUGCUCUCGCACCUACCACCGCACAUAUUUGCACUUGCGGACAAAGCGCACUGGAACCUGCGGGAGCGCAACGAGGAACAGUGCGUGGUCGUGUCCGGAGAAAGUGGUUCAGGCAAAACGGAGGCGGCGCGCAUUGUGCUGCAGUACGUGACCGUGGCCGGCUCGGGGCCCACGGGAGCCCAACAGGACCCUUCGCUCGCCCCCAUCAAACAAGUCCGAGACCGACUGCUGCAGGCGGGACCUCUUUUAGAAGCUUUCGGAAAUGCAAAGACUCACAAAAACGACAACUCGUCCAGAUUCGGCAAAUAUUUGGACGUCGAGUUUGACUUUAAGGGAGACCCCGUGGGAGGCACAUUCACGAGUUAUCUUUUGGAAAAGUCUCGCGUCACAAGGCAACUAGCGGGCGAAAGAAAUUUUCACAUUUUCUAUCAACUUCUCACUGGUGCAGAUAUUCAACUGCUCAAAUCUCUCAAACUCCAUCGCAAUAUUGACAAUUAUGCAUUUCUUAGACCUAGUAGACCUCUUAGUAUGGAAACAAUAGACGACAAAAGGGAUUUUCAAGUAACAAAAAAAGCCUUAGAAACACUAGGGUUCUCUGCCGAAGACGUGGUGCAAAUUUUCAAGGUGGUGGCGUCGGUGCUGAAGUUGGGAAACAUCGGGUUCACGCCGACGAGCAACAUAGACGGCACCGAAGGGUGCACCGUGACAAACGACUAUGAACUAUUUGAAGUUUGCGGGCUGCUCGGCACGAACCCCAUGGAGCUCACCUCAGCACUUACUCAACGCACAAUCCUCGCUGGGCCGGUUCUCGACUCGCCCUCGACCAACCCCGCGCCGCCUCCGCCGCCCCCGUGCGGCUCCCUCAGAGGGGUCAAGUCGGGGGGCUGCUCGUCGUCGGUGGCUGGCACACCGCCCUCGUUUGUGCCUUCGUCUUCCAUGUCCUCCACAGGUAGCAGAGAUGUGUAUGAAGUUUGUGAAAUGUUACAACACUCGACGCUGGCCCGACUGACGCUUGCUGAUGAGCGGGGCAGUUCUUCAACGGCGGGCGAGUUAGUCGUUGCCGACCUGAGCGCCUCUGAGGCCACCGCGUCCAGGGACAUUUUGUGUAGGGCCCUUUAUUCAAGGCUGUUCGCGUGGCUCGUCAAGCAAGUCAAUGAUGCCACGCGGGUGCGAAAAUACGGAAAGAGAAAGGUGCUGGGCAUCAUGGACAUUUACGGCUUUGAAGUUUUUGACCAGAACAACUUUGAGCAGUUCAUCAUCAACUUUUGCAACGAAAAACUGCAGCAGGCUGUGGCCGAAUGCACGCUGCGGUUGCGCCAGGACGAAAUGCUCAGGGAAGGCAUCGAGUGGACGCCGGUCGACUUCUUCAACAACACACCUGUCUGCGAGCUGAUUGAGAAAAACAACCACGGGAUUCUGGCUGUGCUGGACGAGGAGAGUCAGCGAGGAGGACCUGGCGGGGACGAAUCCUUCCUGGCCAGGUUGUGUCACACCUGCGGGUCAAGUGCUUACUUUGAGACGCGGAAUUGCGCGCCACACUCGGCGCCAACAGAUUUGCCUUGCAACACCAGUGUUCCUCCAAAUUGUUUUAGAUUGCGUCAUUAUGCUGGGACUGUGACCUACAACGUGGCUGGCUUUGUAGAAAAGAACAACGACACGCUUCCUCUUGACCUGUCUCUCGCCAUGUUUCGUUGCGAACAUCCAUUGCUCAAAAACCUCUUUCCCGAGGGAAACCCAAAGAGGACAACGCUGAAACGGGCAGCGUCGGCGGGCACGCAGUUCAAGAUCUCGGUGGGCGCGCUGAUGGGCAACCUGCAGAGCAAAACGCCGCACUUCAUCCGCUGCAUCAAACCCAACGAGCUCAAGCAGCCGCGCAUUUUCGAGAACGCCCUCGUCCAGCACCAAGUUAGAUAUUUAUGUCUGGUGCAGACAAUCAAGGUGAGGAAGACCAGUUUUGCGCACAGCGAGAGCUACGAAAGCUUCCUGCACCGCUAUAAAAUGCUGUCGCCGCACACUUGGCCCUGCUGGCGAGGGUCUGCCGUCGAGGGCGCCUCCUACCUUCUCAGAGACCUGCCACUUUCGUCGCCGCACUUUGCUUUUGGCCGGACCAAAAUCUUCAUACGCAGCGAAAGAACGGUGUCGGAACUGGAGGAAUUUCGACGGCAGCGGCUAGAAGACCUGGCCGCGUCGGUGCAAAAGAUGUGGCGCGGCUACCGCUGCCGGCAACGCUACCUGCUCAUGCGGCAAAGCCAAAUCGUGAUCGCGUCCGCGUGGAGGUCGUGGAGGGUGAGGGUUACGGUUUAUGAGUGGCAGAUCGGCAAAACGCGCCUCUUCAAAGGCAAAAAGAACCUUUUCUGUCUCUAUCGAGUGGCGAGAGAGGAGUACCGCGAGCUGAAGCGGCGGAAACAGAUCGAGUGGGCCGUUCAAGUGAUCCAAACGCACUACCUCCAGUGGAGAAGGAGACAGUAUUUGCAGAGACUUUGCGUCAGUUUACCUUCCGAUUCGCCCGUUUGCCGUGAAUGGCCGAUGGCUGCAAAACGACUUGCGGACGCCAAUCUCAUGCUGCGCAGAAUGCACCACAAAUGGAGGUGCCACAAAUACCGACUGAAAUUUGAUCAGACUGCCCGCAACAGAAUGAGAGAGAAAGUCACGGCGAGCAUAAUUUUCAAAGACCGGAAGGCCUCCUAUCCCAGAAGUGUGUCACACCCGUUUCUCGGCGACUACGUGAGACUGCGUCAAAACGUGCAGUGGAAAAAGAUUUGCGUGGAAACCAACGACCAGUACGUGGUGUUUGCGGACAUCAUUAACAAGAUCACCAGGUCGAGUGGCAAGUUUGUGCCUAUUUUGUUUGUCCUGUCGACAAGUUCGAUGCUGAUUUUGGACCAGCGGACGCUGCAGAUUAAGUACAGGGUGCCCGCCACCGAGAUUUAUAGACUUUCGCUCAGCCCGUAUCUAGACGACGUUGCAAUUUUCCACAUCAAAGCCAGUUGCGAGUUGCCGAAUUUGGCCCACGAGGCCGGGUGCAGCGACUGCAGUAGAGCGGGGGGCUCGAGUCCUCUGCAGGGCGCCGAACACGCGACUGGUUGUCUUUUUCAGAGCGACCUCGGCAAGAAAAAGGGCGACUUCGUCUUCCACACCGGCCACGUCAUCGAGAUUGUCACCAAGCUGUUCCUCGUCGUGCAAAACGCCGUCGGCAAACCGCCCGAAGUCAACAUCAACACUGAGUUUGAGGCAAACUUUGGCUCGCAGUCAGUGAUGUUCUCCUUUAAAUGUGCCGGCCUACCGGAAGUUCAGCCUGGACAGAUAAAGAUUAUGCGGAAAGGCAGCCGAAUGGAAGUUCUUGUUUGAGGCCCAAAAGCGAAAACGGGAGGAAAUAUACUGAUUUUUACCAAAAUCUUACAGUCCUUGGAAUUUUAGUCUUGAAGACGAGUGCGCCCUAUAAUUGAAGAAAUUUGAAAAUUCUAGUGCAAUAUUUAUUCAAGUUUUUAAAAAGUGACGUUCUAAUCUAUUCACCGGAAUUGUGAUAGAAAAAAAUGCCAAAGUUCUGGAUGUGCCAAAAAGCAGAUUAUUUGGAAGCCAGAUUGAUUCUCAUGGACUGGUUUUGCAGCUCCGACAGUUUCCUACAAAUACAUAUCUCAUUGUAAAUAACCGGACGUUGAGAGAUGAAUAUUAAAAUUCAAAUUCAGAAAAUUGCAUUUCUACGUCAGAAGAAAAGAGACUUCGAACAGUUGGAAGUGAAGAUGCAAAAAAAGCGUGUGGUGUGGACACAAUUAUAACUGUUGUAACGGGAAGAAAAUCUAAAUGGAGAAUAUUUAAAUGUUCGCGUUGUUAAAAAGUUGAAGAUUUUUGCUACGACACAAGUUUUAAGUGAAUAAAUAAAUGUACAUAUAAGAAAAUAAUUCCUCGAAAUAUUAAAGAAAAUUAAAUUGUGUGAGGUGGUAAUAAUUAUAUAUUGCAACUUAAUUAGAUGAGAGAUUUAAGCGGUUAUUAAUUAAUAUAUAAAAAAACACAAGUUUUAAAAUUUGAAUUUGUGUCCCUUGUGACCAAAAAUUCUAUUAAAAAGAUCAACACACAGACUUUGUGAUUUAAACCUUGAGAAAGUAUUGCAAUAACGACGGUAAUUUAUUACGAGAGACAUUCUUAGGCCGUUUUAGGCACAGGUUCUUUAAAAUUAUGUGAGUGGAGUUAGCUUCCGGAAAAAAACGACAAAAAAAAUCAGCAAAUUUCCCAAAAGCAAAAAAUGUUGAAAGAUUUUUGAGAAAAUGCAAUACACAGCAGUAUGCACAAUGAGUGCAGUUUACUUGUAGAGAGACAAAGAUUUUAAAAAUUUAAAACAAUAUGCUGCAGCAGUUUUUUUUAAAGACGACUAUAUUGGGAAGCAAAAAACUGUAAUAAUUAUAAGUUACUAUGUGCAUGCGUGAAUGUGUUAGUGUGGAAGAGUGUAAUGAUUGUUUUUGUCAGCUCAUUUUAUUUUCUGGAAGGAGGAGUGCCAAAUUUUUUGGAACUAUUAAAAUUUUGAGACACCAAUGAAGAGCAAAAAAUGUGCCAAGAAAUUUAUCGAAAUUAUUUUUGUUGUGGUUUUAGAUAAUUGCUUUUCACAGUCAUUUUUUAAUUCUUUAUGUGACACAGUAAUCGUGAAAAAAAUGUGCUGUACAUAUAUUUGAAAUUCACGAAUGAAAUAAAUGCUGGCACGUUUUAUAUAAAUAAAAAUUGAGA